AGACAGGCAGCCUGUCCCAAUGACUUGGCAAAAGCUUUUCGCCAUGCUGCCCACUCCAUGUUGAUCUAACCAGCCGCUCAGCUGCAAACAGCUUUUUUACUGGAAGGAUGAGCCAUUGUUUCCAUGCUCUGCUCCUGUGGUAAGCUUUAAACUCACGUUUUCCCUGCCAAAGGACGAUUUGACCUACUUUGUUGACCAUGGUGCGCAAUGUGGAUGACCUGGACUUCUGCCUGUCCUCCCACCCUCAGAGCAUCCUGGAGGGCCUGCGCUCCCUCUGCUCUCACCCCAAACUGGUGGAUGUAACAUUAAGCGCGGGCGGCCGGGACUUCCCCUGUCACCGCGGCGUGUUGGCCCUCUGCAGCGCGUACUUCCGCUCCAUGUUCUCAGGGGACUUUGUGGAGAGCAUAGCUGCACGUGUGGAGCUUCAUGACGUUGAUCCUGAUAUACUCAGCUGCUUGCUGGACUUUGCAUACACAGGCAAACUGACCAUCAACCAGAGCAAUGUGGAGGGGCUGAUCUGCACCUCCAGCCAGCUGCAGUUCCAGACGGUGAGAGCCGUGUGCAGCCGAUACCUUCAGCACCAGAUCGAUGCGACCAACUGCCUGGGAAUACUGGAGUUUGGGGCGAUCCAUGGGUGCCCUGAGGUGAUGGCCAAAGCGUGGGCCUUCCUCUUGGAGAACUUUGAGGCUGUGCAGCAAGGUGAGGAGUUUCUACUGCUGGGAAAGGAGAGAUUGGUCGCCUGCCUGUCCGACGAAGGACUACAAAUCCGGACAGAGUGCACCCGCGUAGAGGCCAUCCUGAAAUGGGUCAGGCACCACAAGGAGUCUCGGCUCUGCCACCUCCCUGAACUCCUCACCUUAUCCCGUCUCCAUCUACUCAGCCUGGACUACCUGGCUGACACCCUGCUGAAGGACAGCCUGGUGCAGGCCUCUCCCAGCUGCAGAGAGACUGUGGACAAAAUACACAGAGAGAAGCUGGAUUUGGCACCAGAACAGACGGACAGACUCAACUCUCAGAGUCCACAACCAAACCUGCAAGAGGUGCUGCUGGUGAUGGGAGGACGUUCACUGGAUGACUCAGAUGAUGAAGACGACUCCGAUGAAGAGGACAGAGACCCACGACUGCAACGACUGCUGCCCAGGAACUUUGCCUUCUACAACACAAAGACAAAACAAUGGCAUGAGCUCCCUAACUUCCCCAACCCUAACAAGUGGGGCUACGCCAUGAUCUCCUUGAACAAUGAUGUAUACGUCACAGGGGGCUCGCGAGGUUCGAAUACCAACACCUGGUCGACCACAGAGACCUGGAAGUACAUCACAAGAGAGGGGAGGUGGGUUACUGUGGCACCCAUGCUCCGGCCUCGGACUAACCACACGUCAGCAACUCUCAACGGGGAGAUUUACGUCAUUGGAGGCACAACGUCAGAUCGUGUUGAAGUCGAGCAUUACGACCCUUACACCGACACCUGGGCAUUGACGUGCCCGGCCUUGAAAUACGUGACUAAUUUCACCGCCACGGCGUGUCACGGGAGGCUCUAUGUGAUUGGCUCAUGUGCUGUCAAGUACAAUGCACUGACUAUGCAGUGUUACAAUCCUGUUAUAGACAGCUGGAUCAGUAUAUGUUCACCCUUCAUCCCUAAGUAUUUGUCCUCUCCUCGUUCCGUCUGUGUGGAUGGCAUCAUAUAUCUGGUUGCCGACAACACUAAGAAAGUCUACUCUUACGAUCCAGAGGCAAAUAUGUGGCAGAAGGUCCAGCUUCUCCACAUGCUUCACGAGAAUGGCGGCCUGGUGUCGCUGGAUGGGAAGCUGUAUGUCACCGGAGGCCAUUGGAAAGGUAUGGAGGGGGACUACGGGGUGGAGGUGGAGGUGUACAACCGAGCCGCCAACACCUGGGAGGUGGAGAGCUUCCUGCCAAGACUUUGGUUCUACAGCGGAGUCUGCACCAUCUUCCUCGACCCAUCCCAGUGGCCUGAGGUUUUCCCCAUGGAGUCAGCAUAAUGGCCUCCUGUCCUGACGGGACUAAACUCAGGGUCAGAGAGUUCACAGAGACGUGUUACUAUCAUUCAUACCGUGUUACAACACAAGUGGAAUGUUGAUCCCAGGAUGUCAUUGUGCCCCAGAAUAGUGUGUUACAUGAUUCUCAGGUAUUCGUGGCUGUUUUAGGGCCUUGCUCGGCCGCUCAGCAGGUGUUUAUUUAUACUUUGUAUCACGUGUUUGAGAUCCAAAUUCCUUUGUGUAUUAUUGAAUAGAGCUUGUGAAUCAUUAAAUCUUUGUAGCGUGA